AUGAUUCUCACACCCGCCACUGCUCCCCCACCCCUUUAUUCUGUCCACCCGCCUGCGGCCUCCGCAUCUACCUCAGGUGCAUCGUCCACUCAGGGUCGCGGCAUGAACCUGGAGCCGCCCCUCGAACUCCCCUCUGCAAACUGCGCCGUACAGCCCCAAGAUGCCUUCUUUCGAGACCUGAAAGUGCCGACGGUGGUCCUCGACACCCCGACCGUGCCGCCCACCAUGGCUGCCGCGCUCUCCCUCUCUCUCCUCGGGCACACGCUCUUCCUCAAGAACCAGGUGCCUUUCCCGGUCGCGCAGCUCUCGCGCAUGCCCGUGGGGAGGUCCAACCCGAAGGUCGCCAGGCAGCGCGACGAGCUCGUCGCGAGCCUCGACACCCUCGCGUCCCACCUCCAGACCACCUUCGUCGCCCUCUCCACGGCGUACGCCCGGUGCCGGCUCGCGAAGGGCAGGGCGGCCGUCGCGACAGGGGCAGGGGCGCAGGGCGCGGACGAAGGCGGGCUCACGCACGCGCAUCUCGUGUUCGUGCUGGGGCCUAGCGCGAAUGCGGCGCGGGCGAGGAUCGUGCUGACGAUCGACGGGAUUCAGGUGCGGGUGUGGGGCGCGCGGGAGGAGGCUGACGGGGAAGAGGGUGGUGAGAGCGAGGAGGAGAGCGACAUGGACGACUCAGAAGACGAAGACGCCUCGGAAGACGACUCGGAUGAAGACGACGACGAUGAGCAAGGAGAGGACGACGACGACGAAGCGACCGACGAGACCAGCGACAUCGAGUCCUCCGACGCUGGCUCGGGCCCACCUCCCUCACGCAGCCCGUCGCCCGCCUCCCCGCUCCAAGCGCUGCCGAGCCCCCCCUCGCACGACCCCUCUCCGCCGCCACGCUCUCCGUCCGCACCGGCGUCCCCUGCAACGGCGGCGCUCUCGUACGCGGAGGAGCAGCGCGCGCUGCGCACGGCCGAGCGGCUCCUCUCGCGCACGCUCAUGAACGCGUGGGUCGACGGCGAGGGGGACAUGUCCAGCGAGCUCGCCCCGACGCAAACGCACGUCUUCCUCCGCGCCCCGCGCCGCUUCGCGCACCCCGCGUGGAGCGCGCGCCAGAACCUCGCGCGCGCGCUCGACGGCGCGCUCGCCGCAUUCCUCGAAGACGUCCACGCCGUGCCGUCCGCGGCCGGCAAGAGCAAGGGCAAGCCGAAGGCGGGCCGCGGCGUGCGCACGGAGGGCGCGUGGAUAGGGUGUCAGGGCGGGUCCGCGUUCGCUGCGAGGCGGAGAGCGGAGGAGGGGCGGGUCCGGGAGGGGGAGCGAGAGGUGGGAGACGAGGACGAGGACGGCGAGGAGAUCUGGUGGGCAUGGGAAGGCAAGAUCGUCGGGUUUGCGGACUGGUGA